AUGGCCAAAAAGCGGAUUGCUGUGAUUGGAGCUGGAAUUAGCGGGCUGGGUGCCAUCAAGUGCUGCUUGGAUGAAGAUCUGGAGCCCACCUGCUUUGAAAGAAAUGAUGAUAUUGGAAGUCUCUAGAAAUUUCAAAAAAAUACUUCAGAGAAAAUGCCUAGUAUCUACAAAUCUGUGACCAUCAAUACUUCCAAGGAGAUGAUGUGCUUCAGUGACUUCCCUGUCCCUGAUCAUUUUCCCAACUACAUGCACAACUCCAAACUCAUGGACUACUUCAGGACGUAUGCCACACACUUUGGCCUCCUGAAUUACAUUCGUUUUAAGACCGAAGUGCAAAGUGUGAGGAAGCACCCAGAUUUUUCUAUCAAUGGACAAUGGGAUGUUGUUGUGGAGACUGAAGAGAAACAAGAGACUUUGGUCUUUGAUGGGGUCUUAGUCUGCGGUGGACACCACACAGAUCCCUACUUACCACUUCAGUCCUUCCCAGGCAUUGAGAAGUUUGAAGGCUGUUAUUUCCAUAGUCGGGAAUACAAAAGUCCCGAGGACUUUUCAGGGAAAAGAAUCAUAGUGAUCGGCAUUGGAAAUUCUGGAGUGGAUAUUGCGGUGGAGCUCAGUCAUGUAGCAAAACAGGUAUUCUUUAGUACUAGACGUGGAUCAUGGAUUUUACACCGUGUUUGGGAUAAUGGGUAUCCCACGGAUAGUUCAUUUUUCACUCGGUUCAAUAGUUUUCUCCAGAAAAUACUAACUACAACACAAAUAAAUAACCAGCUAGAGAAAAUAAUGAACUCAAGAUUUAAUCAUGUGCACUGUGGCCUGCAGCCUCAGCACAGGGCUUUAAGUCAGCAUCCAACUGUCAGUGAUGACCUGCCAAAUCACAUAAUUUCUGGAAAAGUCCAAGUAAAGCCCAGUGUGAAGGAGUUCACAGAAACAGAUGCCAUUUUUGAAGACGGCACUGUAGAGGAGAAUAUUGAUGUUGUCAUCUUUGCUACAGGAUACAGUUUUUCUUUUUCUUUCCUUGAUGGUCUGAUCAAGGUUACUAACAAUGAAGUAUCUCUGUAUAAGCUUAUGUUCCCUCCUGACCUGGAGAAGCCAACCUUGGCUGUCAUCGGUCUUAUCCAACCACUGGGCAUCAUCUUACCUAUUGCAGAGCUCCAAUCUCGUUGGGCUACACGAGUGUUCAAAGGGCUGAUCAAAUUACCCUCAGCAGAGAACAUGAUGGCAGAUAUUGCCCAGAGGAAAAGGGCUAUGGAAAAACGAUAUGUAAAGACACCCCACCACACAAUCCAAGUGGAUCACAUUGAGUACAUGGAUGAGAUUGCCAUGCUAGCAGGGGUGAAACCCAACCUGCUCUUCCUCUUUCUCUCAGAUCCAAAGCUGGCCAUGGAGGUUUUCUUUGGCCCCUGCACCCCAUACCAGUACCACCUCCAUGGGCCAGGGAAAUGGGAUGGGGCCCGGAGAGCUAUCCUUACCCAGAGAGAGAGGAUUAUCAAGCCCCUGAGGACUCGCAUUACUAGUGAGGACAGCCACCCAUCCUCACAGCUCUCUUCGAUAAAGAUGGCCCCAGUGGGCCUGGCAUUUCUGGCUGCUGGCUUGGCAUACUUUCUAUAUACUCAUUACGAUCUUAGCCCUGGAGAGAAAUACAACAAUGAUUCCAUUGAACUGGAAGUUAAGCCUGCCACCCAGCCAUUUUGGCUUCUCAUGUCUCUAAGCCAACAGGCUACAAAGGGAUUUAAAGUGUUGGCUGGAGUGAUUGACCCAAACCUCCAAAAGGAAAUUGGAGUUAAGAAAGAAUGUGGAACCCAUGGUUACAGAAAGCCAACUGUGUAUGGAAAUAUAUUCACAAAACUGUUAGAUGAAAAAACCUUGCAUGAGAAAAAAAAUGCAGUGAUUGGCGCUGGAGUCAGCGGAUUAGAUGCCAUUAAGAGCUGCUUGGAGGAGGGACUCGAGCCUGUAUGUUUUGAAAAAAGCAAUGGGAUUGGAGGACUGUGGAGAUACGAGGAGACGACAGCCUUCAGCGACUACCCUUUCCCUGAUCAUUAUCCCAACUAUUUACACAAUUCCAAAAUGAUGGAGGAUCUCAGGAUGUACACCAGGCACUUUCACCUCAUGAAUCACAUCCAGUUUCUGGUAAGGAAUGAAAAGUAUGCUCAUCACCUACAGAUUGUUGAAGGCAAAGCUUGUGCAUACAAGCAUCUCGACUAUUUAGUGGGGAAGAGAGUGGUUGUGGUCAGCAUUGAGAAUUCUGGAGCAGAUGUGGCUGGCGAGAUCAGUCAUGUUGCUGAACAGGAUUUCCAGGAAGAAGACACAAGAUUUCCACUACUUAAAGUCUACUGUAUGGAUGAAAUUCAAUCAACCAUUCUGAGUACCAUCUUACCCCCUGCCAAGCAUUCUGGAGAAGCCAACACUAACCUAGCUUCAUUGGCAUUCUCCAGCCAGUGGGAGCCAUCAUUCCCGUUUCAGAACUCCAGAGCCGAUGCCCUGUGCAAGUAUUCGAGGCAAGUAUACAUUUCCUUUGCUGACUUCCGCUAUGAAUCCAUGCCUGGAAAUAUGAGCACCAAUAAAUACCAGUGGAAUGUUGAAAGGUUUAUAAAAAGCCCAAGAGAUACACAUCAAGUGCCAUGUAUUGACUAUAUGGAUGAAAUUGCAUCUGAAUUAGAGUCAAACCCAACCUGUUCUCUCUCCUCCUCUGGGAUACAAGAUAUCCAAGGGGUGCCCUUGCAUCUCUGCAGUAAUGACCCCACACAACUCAGGAAAAGAGUAACAACAACAGCCAGUCAUUGGGAAAAGAAAGUUGGUGGUAGAAAAGGAAGAGAAGACAACCGUUGGAGCGGCUUCGACCCCAAAGUGAAGCUUCCACUGGAAACUUAA